AUGCCUUCCACGGGUAACUUAUCGAAAUGGGCCAAGAUGGGAAGCAGGAAAUCCAGCUUGAAGUCAGAUGAGCCCACAAUGAUUGAACAGCCAGCUCCUCAAAGUCCAACUCCUGGGCCCGAUGCCGAAGGGCCAACUGGUUUGAAGCUAGGCGUAAUCACUCUUGGACUCUGCCUGACACUUUUCCUAGUGGGCCUGGACAACAUCAUCAUAUCAACUGCCAUCCCACGUAUCACAGAUGAGUUCCGAUCGAUCAACGACAUUGGGUGGUACGGAAGCGCCUAUCUCCUCACAACUUGCACCUUUCAACUCACCUUCGGCAAAUUGUACUCUCUUUUUUCCAUCAAACUUAUUUACCUCAUCUCUAUCAUCAUUUUCGAAGUCGGAUCGGCUGUAUGCGGCGCUGCUCCUCAUUCCGUUGUUCUUAUUCUGGGCCGGGCGAUCGCAGGUGUUGGCUGUGCAGGAAUUUUGGCAGGAACAUUCACAAUUAUUGCUGUGAUUAUUCCGCUACCCAAGAGACCUGCAUACACUGGUCUCGUCGGAGCAGUAUAUGCCAUUGCCUCCGUGGUCGGGCCGCUGCUCGGGGGAGCCUUCACUGAUAAGGUGACCUGGCGUUGGUGUUUCAACAUCAACCUUCCGAUCGGAGCCGUCGCUUUUGUCAUCAUGAUCUUCUUAUUCCAGUCACCACCUCGGCCUGAUAGCGGGGAAGUAAAGACUCUUCUGGAGAAAGUCAUGCAAGUCGACCCCAUUGGCACACUAGCCCUGAUGCCGGCUGUCAUUUGCCUGCUUCUUGCGCUGCAGUGGGGUGGAACUGUUUACCCAUGGAACAAUCCCAGAGUCAUUGUGCUUUUUGUACUAUUUGGUGUGCUCUCAUCUGCAUUCCUUUUCGUUCAAACCAAGAACGGAAAGAACGCUACUCUUCCCAUCAAGGUCAUUUCCCAGCGCAGUGUGGCCGCCGCUUGCUGGUUCUCGGUCUGCACUGCCGGGGCAGAUUUCACGCUACGGCAGUACAUCCCGAUCUGGUUCCAAGCCAUCAAGGGUGUAUCUGCCGUGGACUCGGGCCUCAUGAACUUGGCUUUGAUUCUGUCGACAGCUUUGGCGUCAAUCGUCAGCGGAGUAGGCAUAACUCAGAUCGGGUACUAUAACCCCUUCAUGAUUGCCUCUACCCUAUUCAUGUCAGUUGGUUCGGGUCUUCUCACUUCCUGGAAGGCAGACGUUCCCACUCGGGACUGGAUCGGAUACCAAAUCCUGUAUGGUCUUGGAUCUGGCCAGAGCAUGCAAACUCCUCUGAUGGUAGUCCAAACCGUCCUACCUAUGGAAGAGAUACCACUAGGAACUGCUCUCGUGAUGUUCCUGCAGACCUUUGGUGGCGCCAUUUUCAUCUCUGUCGCACAAAAUGUCUUCACCAAUGAGCUCCGGGCCGGUUUGGCAAACGAACUACCAAACAUCAACGCUACCGCAAUUGUCGACGCAAAUCCCUCACCAAUUCCUGGUACGUUGCUGUCGGCUUAG